CUUGAAAUUAAUUUAUCCGUUGCAAACAGCUUGUCAUUUGUUAUUCUUUUGUCGUGAAUUUUUUGUGAAUUUCGCAAUUGGCCAGGAAGAACUCCCAGGAAAUCCCGGAAAUUGAUAAAUAAACUCCCAAAACCUCAUAGUGCAGAAGAAUCUCAGUGAAAACAAAUAUAAAUCAUGGCAGAAGCCGUCUCAGAACCUGUUCUUCUGCAUCAUUUCAAAUUUGGCCCACGGGAUAUCACAUCCGUGAGCUUCAAUCCCAAGGAAGAGAAGCUGGUCACAACGUCAAGUGACGGAAGUCUUGUCCUCUGUCACUACACCAAGCAGGAUCGGGUAGUAAAGUACACUGGGCACUCUAAGGCCAUUCACGAUGUUUCCUGGUCACCAACGGGAAGUGUCUUUGUCACAGCCUCGACAGAUCAGCAUGUUCGGCUUUGGUCCCCAAAACUCUGUGGCAAGUCCAGAGCUCUCCAUGCCCACACAUCGGCCGUGAGAACUGUGAACUUUGACACGACGGGGAAGUACUUUGUGACUGGAUCAGAUGACAAAUCCCUGAAGUUGUGGGUCACAAAGGACUUCACGUUCAUCAAGAGCUUCUUGGGCCACACAAAUUGGCUGCGAUGUGUCCGGGUGGCUUCCUAUGACAAUCUCAUGGGCAGUUGCGCUGAUGACAGAAUGGUCAAGAUCUGGGAUUUGGAAACAGGGCAGUGUCUGCAUACGUUCCAGCAGAGCAAAGGACUUCCCAGGAAUCUUGCCUGGCAUCCGGAUACGCCAAUGUUUGCUGUUGCUCUGUCCAACAACACUGUUAAGCUCUUUGAUAUUCGCACGAAGGAACUGAUUCAGUAUUACAAGAAUCAUUCUGAAGCUGUGAAUUCAGUGGCUUUCCAUCCCAAUGGGAAGUUCAUGUUGUCAGGCAGUGACGAUGGAACAAUGAAGGUUAGCGACCUCCUGGAAGGACGCUACAUUCUCUCCCUCAAUCCACAGACGGGACCCGUGAAAACCGUGACAUUUUCCCCCAAUGGACAUCUCUUUGCUUCCGGAGGAAAUAAUUCAGAUCUACUUCUGUGGAAGUCUAAUUUAUCCGAUGAUGUGGCAUUAGCUGAUGAUGAUUCUUUUCCUUCACAUGCCAAGGAAGAGGUGGAAGAUAACGAAGAUUAGAAUAUAAUUGUCUUUUAUCCUAUUUAUUAUUAAUUCAAUAAAAUUUGUUCUGAUUGACAAA